UCUUGAAUGUCAGAAGCGUCGAGCUCUUGUCUCUCAUAUUCACUCUCCCUGCCAGAGUCUUAUAUCCUCUUAGAUGGACUCAAUUUCUCAGCAAACCUUCUGGCUAACAAAGACCUCUUCCACAAUCCACUUGCACUAGCACUCGAGAGCAUGCGCGGUCGUCCCUCUCUCAGACUAAAAGGCACGGAAUCGCUCAAGAAUAUAUGCAGACCCUUCAGAUGACGUCUGUACACUAUGGCUUCAAUUGCUUUCCAGGAGCGCGACUAUGUGCCGACUAGCAGUAAUGUGUGAAAUGGGAGAUUCUCGAUAUGAACUCAUUUGCGUUUAUUCCAAGUUUCGUCAUGAUAAACAGGUCUGGGCAGACGAAUAUAUUGUUGUAUCAG